UCAUACUACGAUCCUGCGCGCAUGUGGGUUGUGGAGCACAAAAACGAACGAUGCGAGAAACAUCAGAAUUUCUAUUUUGCCAUUCAGUGGACCACUCGAUGGGUAGUUGUUCGGUGGUCGUAGACACGGCAAUGUGGAUACACAUAUAUACUUGUGCCAUGUAAAGCGAUACUUUGAUUUUUGCUUCGUACCUACUAUACUUCUCGCCCUCAUCUGGACUCCAAAAAUGAAGUUGGAAAUCGUCGUUUGGAUUAUACAUUUUGUGAGCCGCGUAUACACUCUGCCCGACACGAUCAGAAUCGGGGGUUUAUUUCAUCCAAAUGACAUCAAUCAAGAAAAUGUGUUCAAACACGCCAUCCAUGACGUCAACGCCAAUCGGCUAAUACUUAGUAGAUCGAACCUUUCUGGUCAGGUAGAAAAAGUAUCGCCGCAAGACAGUUUCCAUGCUUCCAAGAGAGUGUGCAGUCUACUUCGGCUAGGCGUCGCCGCAGUUUUCGGACCACAAUCCGCUCAAAUAUCCAGUCACGUCCAGUCCAUUUGCGAUACAAUGGAAAUACCACAUUUGGAAACGCGAUGGGACUAUAAGCUGCGGCGUGAGAGCUGCUUGGUCAAUCUCUAUCCACAUCCGACCGUAUUGUCCAAGGCGUACUUGGAUUUGGUGAAAAAAUGGGGCUGGAAGUCGUUCACGAUAAUAUACGAGAGCAACGAAGGCUUAGUGAGGCUGCAAGAGCUGUUGAAAGCCAGGAAUGGCGCGUUUUCAGCGUACCCAAUCACGAUCCGUCAGUUGGGUUCCAGUCGAGAUCACAGGCCAUUAUUGAAGCAGAUAAAAAAUUCAGCAGAAUCACACAUCGUACUAGAUUGUUCAACCGAAAAAAUAUACGACGUUUUGAAACAAGCUCAACAAAUAGGAAUGAUGAGCGACUAUCACAGCUAUCUGAUAACAUCUCUGGACCUUCAUACGAUCGAUCUGGAUGAAUUUAAAUACGGUGGUACAAACAUCACAGGUUUCCGGCUGGUCAAUCCUGACACACCCGUGGUGCAAAAAGUGUUGAAACAAUGGGGAGAAAAUUUCACCGUCAUGUCGACGGAAACUGCUUUAAUUUACGACGCCGUUCAUCUAUUCGCCAGAGCACUCCACGAUCUGGACAGCAGCCAAAAGAUUGAUAUAAAACCAUUGAGCUGCGACGCUUCUGAUACAUGGUCUCACGGAUAUAGUUUAAUAAAUUAUAUGAAAAUAGUAGAAAUAAGUGGUCUGACCGGGGUCAUUAAGUUUGACAACCAAGGAUUUAGGACCGACUUCGAGUUAGAUGUGGUAGAAGUGAACAAAGAAGGACUAUCGAAGAUAGGAACUUGGAACUCCAGCCAAGGGAUAAACUUCACUAGGUCUUUUGUCGAAGCCUACUCUAGCAUCGUUGACAAUUUGCAUAACAAGACACUGGUCGUCACUUUAAUCUUGAGUUCACCUUACACUAUGCGCCGUGAAUCCAGUUUAAAACUAGUGGGCAACGAUCAAUUCGAAGGAUACGCGAUCGAUUUGAUAUACGAGAUAUCAAAACUGCUGGGUUUUAACUAUACACUGAAACUUGUGCCUGACGGCCGUUAUGGUUCUUACAAUGAAGACACUAAGGAGUGGGAUGGAAUGAUGGGAGAACUUUUACAACAGAGAGCGGACUUAGUAGUGGCUGAUCUAACUAUUACCUACGAUCGCGAACAAGCCGUCGAUUUUACUAUGCCAUUUAUGAACCUCGGUAUAAGUAUUUUGUACCGGAAGCCAAUCAAGCAACCACCGAACCUAUUUUCAUUUUUGUCUCCACUAUCAUUGGACGUGUGGAUAUACAUGGCUACGGCGUAUCUUGGCGUAUCGGUUCUCCUCUACAUACUAGCCAGAUUCACCCCGUACGAAUGGUAUAAUCCCCAUCCGUGUAACCCAGAUCCGGAUAACCUAGAAAAUCAGUUCUCCCUCAUGAACUGUAUGUGGUUCGCGUUCGGGUCUUUGAUGCAACAGGGCUGCGAUAUACUUCCCAAAGCCGUUUCCACAAGGAUAGUAGCCGGCAUGUGGUGGUUUUUUACAUUAAUCAUGAUCUCAUCGUACACUGCAAACUUGGCAGCGUUUUUAACCGUGGAAAGAAUGGACUCGCCGAUUGAAAGUGCCGAAGACCUUGCUAAACAAACGAAAAUAAAAUAUGGCGCACUUCGAGGUGGUUCGACUACCGCGUUUUUUAGAGAUUCAAAUUUUAUUACGUACCAAAGGAUGUGGUCGUUUAUGGAAUCGUCACGACCAAGCGUGUUUAUGUCUUCAAAUAACGAAGGCGUAGAAAGAGUUGUAAAAGGAAAAGGAAAUUAUGCAUUUUUAAUGGAAUCCACUAGUAUUGAAUACGUGAUUGAGAGAAAUUGCGAGUUAACUCAAGUCGGAGGGCUUUUGGAUUCAAAAGGUUACGGCAUUGCAAUGCCACCGAAUUCUCCAUAUAGAACAGCGAUUAGCGGGGCAGUAUUAAAACUCCAAGAAAUUGGUAAACUACAUAAGUUAAAAACAAAAUGGUGGAAAGAAAAAAGAGGCGGUGGCGCUUGUCGGGAUGAUACUUCAAAGUCCAAUAGCGCGGCCAAUGAAUUGGGUUUGGCUAACGUGGGCGGCGUGUUCGUAGUGUUAAUGGGUGGAAUGGGUGUAGCUUGUGUUGUAGCAGUGUUUGAAUUUGUAUGGAAGUCCAGAAAAAUAGCGGUCGAAGAGAGGGUAUGA